AUGUUCUGUUUCCUCCAUGUGAGUGAUUACCCUAUGCCCUGGGAGGAUGUGCUGGAUUACUGUACUGAAGAGAACAGGACUGGAGUUCUGAAAAUAAGUUCUGCAGAUGAACAGAAAGUCGUGGAGUCUGAGCUCAGGAGGAGGAAUAUCAGUGAGCCGGUGUGGGUGGGGCUCAGACAGAGUAGACUCCUCGGGUUCUGGAUCUGGGUGGAUGGGACAGCUGUGUACGAGUACUCUAACUGGUACGGAGGAAAACAGCCUGAGGGUCCACUCACUCAACACUGCGGCGCCGUCGUCCCUCCGAACUACACAUGGAGCGAUAGGAACUGUAAGGCUCAUUAUAAAGCUCUGUGUUACACCAAAUAUCCUUAA